UUAAGUUUCGAUUUGACGCACUGAAGGAGAGUUGCUUUGUGAAGAGUUGUGUUAAGUUUGUUGACUGUUGAACAAUUUAAAUAAUAUUAAUCUUUUUCAUUCCUUUUCAGUUAUUUGUUUUGUAAGUUUUAAUAGAUUUUAAAACUAUUUUUCAGAGACACUUAGAACUUGAUAGAAAUGUUUUAUACUACUUCCUGUAUGUUUAACUAUGCAACAAGCGCUACCAAAAGGAUAUUUAAGGCCAAGAAUAUUCAUCAAUUGUCUUUCUCUAGAAAAUUUCAAUCAGCCUCCAAAACUGGAAACAAAAAACUUUGGAGACGCAAUAUUAAAUAUACUAUCUUUGGAAUUAUUACAGCUACACCUUUUGCAUAUUAUGAGUCUUUAGAUUCAUUUGAAAAACGACAAGUUGAUGUUACAAUUUCAGGGAUUGGUCGUUUUUUCAGAUCAUUAAAAGUUGGUCUUGCUAUAUCAAUCGAUUAUUGGUAUAAAUUGUAUGGAUUAGAUGAGAACUCUAAGGACUAUACAGUAGCAAUGCAAAAAUGCCAUUUAGUUUCAGCAACUAGACUCCUGCAAGGCUGUUUACAAAAUGGGGGAUUAUAUGUGAAGCUUGGCCAAGGACUUGUAUCAUUAAAUCAUAUUUUACCACCAGAAUAUACUGAAACUCUCUCAGCUCUACAUGACAAAGCUCUUGUUCGUGGUCAAAAUGAACUUGAAACUUUGUUUUUGGAAGACUUUGGCAAGCCUCCUGAAGAAAUAUUUUCUACAUUUGACAGAAAACCUAUCGCGGCUGCUAGUUUAGCUCAAGUCUAUAAGGCAACUACUCAUAAUGGUGAAACUGUUGCUGUAAAAGCUCAAUAUAUCGAUUUACAACAGCGAUUCAAUGGGGAUGUUAAUACUAUUUACAUUCUACUUAAGAUAAUUGGAUGGAUGCAUCCUAAUUUCAAUUUUACUUGGGUUAUGAAUUAUUUGAAAGAAAGUCUUGAAGCAGAGUUGGAUUUUAUCAAUGAAGCAAAAAACAUGGAAAGAUGUUCCAGAGAACUUCAGCAUUUGAAAUUUGUCCAUGUUCCUGAAGUGAAGUGGAAUUUAUCAACAAAGAGAAUUCUUACUGCUGAAUUCAUAGAUGGUGUUAAUGUGAGUGAUAUUAAAGGAAUUAAAGAUAUGGGAUUAGAUUUAGCUGAUGUUGAUAAAAAGAUGGUACUAACUUUUGCAGAACAAAUUUUUCAUACGGGAUUUGUACAUGCUGAUCCCCAUCCAGGAAAUGUAUUUGUGCGCCGAGGUAAGGACAAUAAAGCAGAAAUUGUGUUGUUGGAUCAUGGAUUGUAUGAAUAUCUCCCUGAGAUAAAUCGAGUAUCUCUUUCAAAAUUAUGGAAAUCAAUUAUAUUGAAUGACAGAGAAGAAAUGAAAAAAUAUUGCUCUGAACUAGGUGUCAAAGAUUAUUAUCUUUUUUGUGAAAUUUUGAUGCAGAGGCCAUUGGAUAGAAAACAAAUACGUAUACCCAAUCGCUUAAGUGCUAAAGAUGCUGCAUAUAUGAAACAAAUGGCUAAAGAUCAUUUCGAUAAUAUUAUGACUGUCAUUAGAAGUUUACCAUUACCAAUGCUUCUGGUUUUCAGGAAUAUUAAUACAGUUAGAUCUAUUGUCAAAACUCAUGGUGACCGUAUUGAUCGUUAUUCACUAAUGGCCCGUGUGGCUGUCCAAGGAGCAUACAAUAUAUCUCAUAAAAAUAUAACUAUGUCUAUCAGAGGAUUGAUAGAAAAGAUGCAGUUGGAUUUUGUUCUUAAGCUGGAAAUGUUACAUAUGUUUUUUACUACUAUGUACCUGCGUAUUUUAAUACUAUUAGGCCGAGCAACUGAAGAAAGUGUUUCUCAAGUUCUAGAGCUUCUAAAUUAAUUUAUUGUUCAUCAACUAAUUUGCAUAUUAUAUAAUCAUGUUCUAUUUAAUUGUAUUUCCUUUAUCAUUGAAAUAUAUCUUUAUUUUUCUA